CAGGCGCUUUAAUUCUGCCUGUCACACAUGUCCUCACGAGCACUUACUUUCUCAGCUCGCUGAAGUGAGGGCGAGAGCCGGCCUGAGCGUCACGAAAAAUGCUCUUCCUCCGCAUGUGUUGAAUCCAUUCUCACGAACGGAAACUGUAAAGUGGAACUGACCCUCCGAUGCGUCCGUUUGCUCUCAAGGAAACGGAUGAAUGGGAGGUUAUGAAGUCACAGUCUCCCUACCCUCUGCCUCCAGAUCCUAAGGAUGCCUGGCGUUGUUGAGAGUGUUCUAGAAUGUGGAACCGUGGCUUUAUGAAAGAUGCCUGCGUUCUUUGACACUUGGGAUUCAGGCGUCUGCUGUGCGGUAUUUGUUUGCUAAAGACACCGAGGGUAGACAGACCUGGCUGAUCCUGGCUAAGUCUUUAAUUCUUCAUUGGAUUUAUAGUGAUCCUGCUAAUUCCCGGGUCCUUUGGAUUCUAAGACACAAAAGGGAGAAAAUAUGGAGAAAGAGUCACUGCUGUAGACUAAUGGAUCUGAAAAAUAUGAAUAUUAAUGAUGACCCUAAUGAAGACCAUCUUGCAAGUUAUGACAUUCAGCUCUGUAUUCAGGAGUCCAUUGAAGCAAGCCAAGCUGUAGUCCAUCCUGAAAGACUGGUGUCACUAAGCGAUCAAAACAGAAAGCUUGUAGAGGCCAUAAGGCAAGGUCACAUUUUUGAGCUCCAAGAGUAUGUGCAAUAUAAAUAUGCUCUGGAUGAAGCUGAUGAGAAAGGAUGGUUCCCAUUGCAUGAAGCUGUUGUUCAGCCCAUUCAACAGAUACUCGAGACUGUUCUGGAUGCAUCCUAUAAGACAGUCUGGGAAUUCAAGACCUGUGAUGGAGAAACACCCUUGACUCUGGCAGUCAAAGCUGAUCUGGUGGAAAAUGUCAAAACGUUGCUAGAAAAGGGGGUCUGGCCCAACACCAAAAAUGACAAAGGAGAAACACCCCUUCUGAUUGCUAUAAAAAAGGGCUCCUAUGACAUGGUAUCUGCACUGAUUAAAUACAACACCAGCCUUGACCAACCCUGCGUCAAGAGAUGGUCAGCAAUGCAUGAAGCAGCUAAGCAAGGCCGAAAAGAUAUUAUAGCCCUACUACUGAGCCAUGGCGGCAACGUUCACCUGAAAGAUGGAUUUGGAGUCUCACCUUUAGGAGUCGCUGCUGAGUAUGGUCACUAUGAUGUGUUAGAACAUCUGAUCCACAAAGGUGGUGAUGUGUUUGCUUUGGCGGAUGAUGGGGCGUCUGUGUUAUUCGAGGCAGCAGGAGGUGGAAACCCUGACUGUAUUUCCCUCCUGCUGGAAUAUGGAGGAAGCGGCAAUGUGCCUAACAGAGCAGGACAUCUUCCAAUACACCGAGCUGCCUAUGAGGGACAUUAUCUUGCUCUGAAAUAUCUCAUCCCGGUAACAUCCAAACACGCAAUCCGGAAAAGUGGCCUAACACCAGUUCACUCAGCAGCAGACGGACAAAAUGCCCAGUGCCUGGAACUGCUCAUUGAUAGCGGGUUUGAUGUCAAUGCCCUGCUUGCUGACCACAUUUCCCAGAGCUAUGACGACGAGAGAAAGACUGCACUUUAUUUUGCUGUCUCUAACAAUGACAUCCACUGCACAGAAGUUCUUCUGGCUGCAGGUGCAGACCCCAACCUAGAUCCCCUCAACUGUCUGCUUGUGGCGGUGAGGGCCAAUAGCCAUGAAAUUGUCCGGCUGCUUCUCUCCUACGGAGCCAACGUCAACUGCUAUUUUAUGCAUGUGAAUGACACUCGUUUUCCCAGUGCCAUCCAGUAUGCCCUACACGAUGAGGCUAUGCUAAGGCUCCUGCUGAAUAAUGGCUACCAAGUGGAACUGUGCUUUGACUGCAUGCAUGGAGACAUCUUUGGAAACUCAUUUGUGUGGUCAGAGAUACAGGAGGAGGUGCUUCCAGGAUGGACAUCUUGUAUAAUAAAGGAUAACCCGUUCUGUGAGUUUAUUACAGUUCCAUGGAUGAAGCACCUGGUGGGCAGCAUUGUCCGUAUACUAGUAGAUUACAUGGACUAUGUCCCUCUGUGUGCUAAACUGAAGUCUGUGCUAGAAGUACAGAGAGAAUGGCCAGAAAUCCGUCAAAUAAUAGAGAAUCCCUGCUCACUAAGGCAUCUGUGCCGGUUAAAAAUCCGCAGACUUAUGGGACUCCAGCGACUCUCCCAGCCAGCCUCCAUGGAGAAACUCCCUCUCCCAGCAGCAAUUCGAAGAUACUUAUUAUUUAAAGAAUAUGAUCUCUACGGACAACAGUUAAAGUUAAAAUGAUAUUUUAAAAUGUGAUUCUUAAAGUAUUUUAAAAUGUGAUUUCCCUAGA